CGAAAACUCUUCUGUAUUUGAAGAUGAGGGUAAGUGACCGCGACCGUUGAGAGUAAGUUUUGUAUGCGAUGUUGACGCGUCUUUUGUUCGUAAUCGUUGUAUUUCCUUGUUCUCUUUGUCCUCUUUCAUCUUGUUUCAUUUGUGUGCAUUUUUUUGUUCCACGACUGUCGUUUCGUUUGGGUUUGCUCUGGAGCAUUAUUCGCAUUCGCGCCGGUCGCUACGUUUCAGCAUUUCAGCAUCACGAUUUUCCGGGCAUUUUCCAACGACGAAUGAGACGAUAAUCGGAUGCUCUAAUGAUACAAAUCUUGAAUUCGACCUCAGCGCUGUUCUCAACCACACACUCGAAGAAUGCGGGCAUUCUCUAACGAUCACGACGACAUCAAAUCGAAUCGUCCAACUAAACCCAAGGCAUCCUACAAAAAGCUCGCACUUGACACCAGUUUCAGCAGGCAUCGCGCUGUUGCUCCUCAGCAGGUUUUCCCUGCGAUCACUUCGGAUCAGAACGUCUCUGAUCCGUACUCUACGGACAUCAUCUCUGCCUCUACUGCGAUACGACGUGCCUUGAGCAGGAAAACUCAACGACGCGCUCCUAGUCUACGCAGGCCCGGGAGCAGACGUCGUCCUUCACCAUUAAAGCUCGACCAUGAUUCUUUGCGAGAUGGAAGGGUGGCUGUGAAUGGAACAUCGGGACUUCUCCCAGAGCCGUCAGUAUUGGGACAGGUGGAGGUUAUGCGGAGUGCAAAGAUCCUUGCCUACAAAACUUACGACACACAGAAAAGUCUCACUCCUCAAUUACAUCAAGGCGUUCCCACGCCCCGUAUCAUCAUCACUCCAGCUCGCGAAAGCUUCACACCAUCACCCGACCCAUCAUCGGCCUUGACGCUUCAUCGACCUGCGUCCAGUGUCUACUCUCGGUAUACGAAUUAUCUUCCUAAUUUCAGUCACAACAGCCAUGCGCCACCAUUACCCAACGUCCCACCCUUCCAAUUAGUCUCUACUGGUAAGGGUCAUAUCGUAUCGCAGCCUCACCAUUCAGUAGGCACGAACUUCGAGGAGGACCAUGCUUCAAUUUGUGCACGAAGCGAGAACUCUCCUUCGUCGUCUCAAGCUCGAGAAGAACUCGAUCAAUUGACGCCGCUCCCUGGAGACAUGCGUGGCAUGACGCCUGGUCUGCCAACACCUCAACGAAGUCAUGGAUGGUGGAAUGUUCUCACAUCCCCCUUCUCUGCUCGCUCUGGUUCAUUCUUCUCGCGUUCGCCCUCACUGAACGAUGAGUAUGAUGAAAUGACUGAUCUUCGACCCGAGUCUCGCCAAGAAGAUCGGAGCAUUGGUGAUGAUCAGGGUCGAUUACGAGUCAACCUGAAGCCAUUCAGAUCGCUCAAGCGCUCACGCACAGCACCUGGCGCAUUGGACCCUCAUGCUCGCCAAGAGUUCAGCAUCUAUGAUCUCGCGCACGGCGGUGAGGCAGAUGCAUAUUUCGAUGAGACGAGAAGAUUUCCGAGCGUAUGCGGCAUCCCCGAUGCAGCUACCUUUGGUGGGAUUGAUGAUGACCUUGUCGGCUGGAGCCCGUCGCACAGUGUUUUCAUGGCCCCACGAACAGUCGAAGGCGAUCUUGAGAAGAGUGGGGGUGCUGUCCUCAGUCCAGACCAAUUGACACCGAAAGCGACCUUUCAAGCCAUUCCAAACGACGCCGACACCACGUCUCUGAACGUGUCAAGUCGAGAACCAAGCAUCCAACGUAACGUUUUCAUUUCGCCUUCAGCGGAUGAGAUGAAAACCAUGUUCUCUGGCGUCUCUCCCCCAAGCCGAUCUCAAACCCAGGUCACCGGGGCCGACUCGCUCAUGUCGCCGCUUUCUGCAACACCCGUCGUACAACACGCUCAUAUGGCUACAUUCAUGGGACCUGAUUCAUCAUUUGGCGAGCCACGAAAGGUCGACGUUGCUUCACGUCGAUCUUCGCCGUCAGAUCAAGCUUCGAAACACAUCGCCGAACCAGAGGUCGCAGACACCAAGCCAGCCCACCUCGGCCACCAGAGACAAGAAUCAUAUGGGCUGGGUAUCACCUCUGAGAAGGCUGCACGUCCGCCUUCGCUGCCACCUCCGCCGCCAAAAGACACAAUUUCCGAUUUAGCGCCGUCAGAGAAGGAAAGAGCCAUAUCUAUGACCAGUCUCGAGGAGGGUGAACGUUCAAAAAAGACACCGUGGUUCCGCCGCUUCUUCUGGCCCAUCGCUGCAUUUGUCGCAGUCCUGCUUGCUCUGAUGGUCGUGCUACUAGUGUUGUUCGUUCGUCCCAAGGCUCCAACAUCAUCGUUACCGCCCGGUCUCGCUGUGCAGGCUUCAUGGCUCAACACGACUGGAUUCCCUGCGGCCCCUGUCGGAGUCAGUACGGUUGCUCAGCCAAAACUUGCACAAGCGGACGGUACUUGUAUGCCUUCGGCAUCACUUUGGUCAUGCAACGCUGGUAAUGAACAAGGAAUGGGCAGCGGCGAGGAUGCUGGUAUCCCGAAUUUCCGCCUUCAGGUCUCCUUCCGCAAUGGGACACUUCCGAGCAGCCAGACGGCUUUGUUGUCACGGCAUCUCAAUUCUCGCAUCGUGCCUCGUCAUCGUUUGCACGCUCGCGAUUCUGCGACCGAUAUUCUUUUUACUCCUGCCCCGAACCCGCCAACGAUUGGAGAUAUGCGCUUCAUCGGGCAAACGACGGAUGGUAUCUCUACUGCUCCAUUUGAGGGCGAGGAGACGCCAUUCUACAUUUCUCUACUGAGCCCUAAGGUUCUCUCGAAGCGAAGCGAUGAAGCGAUUUCGAAGAGAAUGCCAGCAGACUCAGCUUUCCCAUACCCAACAAAUGACGAGCCUAGCAACAGUGGUCCAAGCGGCAACACCAACAGCCAACCAAGCACCACUCCCAUAGUCAUCAGUGGCGCGAUCCCUAGCACCGCACCAACUGUGAUACCCGCUAUAACGACACAGAAAGAUGGUCGAGUAGCAUCGCCCAUCUUAUACCCUCUCGUCGCUGCGCAACCUCUUCGGCUCUUCGACCGCGGCAAGCCCACCGAGCAUUACGGCUUCUACACCUACUUCGAUCGUAUCCAAUACAUCACCCACGCCAACGACAUCAGCCUUCUCACAUCCUCCUCCAAUUCAUCCUCAUCAUCUCCCACCACGCCGACCCAAUACGCUCUCAUCUUCUCACAAUCCCGCUUCCACGUCCAAAUCUGGACCCGCCGCGGCACUCUCCACUCGCUCCCCUCGUCCUCCUCCACAGACAACUCGCCCCCGGCAAAAGACUCCUCCGCAAACAAUUUCACGUCCACUGGAUCCCUCCCGUAUCCUGUCACAUUCACCCUCGACCGCCACGGCGGCCAGGCCACUGCCAAGGGCGUCUAUGCAUAUGAAAUGGACCCCGUCACGAAUCGCGUUGUUAAUGGAGGAAGGAAGUUCUGGGUCGAUGAGAAGAGGGGUGCGCAACUUGUGGGUGCGGCGGGUGUGCCGAGGAGUUUAUCCCCUCUUGGCAAGAAGGAUGGGAGUGUGGCGGGAGGCGUGGAUGGUGGGAGUGGUGGGUGUUCUUGUCGGUGGACGACGACAUAAUGGGUUUUCUCUCUUGAGAAAUGAGCCGGGUGCAUCGACGGGCCGAGACAUGGACGAACUGAGAUGGAAUGGUUUCGUCGGGCUUUUCGUGGCUCCGAUUUCUUUUUCCUUUUCCCUCAAAAGUUCUAUCAAUGGGGAGUUCCUGGGAUAUAUAGAUAUAGGGAUGGGCUUUUGUGCAGUUUCUUCCCCUCACGAGGAUAGAGUCCAACGGCUCUUCUGUUUAAAUCUUUUCUGCAGUGUUGAAAUAUAACAAUCAUCACCAUCAUCAAAACCACUAUUCUGUCACAUCAAAUAGCUCUCACAUACUCAAUAUGCGUUCCUCUCCUACUCUGACUUCUGCUCCCGAAACGCAACUGCUUCCGGCAAUCGAAAACUCGCGCAAAACAUCCUCUUGUUCGGCGCCACAUCCCUCACAUCAUAGAUCU